GACUAUACACUCUAUACGACCUUUUGAGGGCAUUUACUACUUACGAGAUAAUGUUGUGGUUGGGUGCAUCAUGUCAUCUAAUAAGCUUACAUUGCGAGUGUGAUGGGCUCUGCUCAUGCUUCCCGAUUGUAUUUCUACUAAUAAUCAUGUUGGUUGGGGGUACUUGUUUCUUUUAUUCAUUCCUCUAACUAUUCUUAGUACCUUAUGACUGUAUAUGAAUAAUUAAGAAGAUAUGAUACUAUAUGCGUGUGUCUCCGCCCAAUCUUGUCUCUCUUAACAUAAAGAUCAGAGCAGAAAAGCGAGCCUGUCGACCAGUUUCCAUGGUUCAACGCGGGAGCGAAAAAAUUGGAGGCAAAAGGCUAAGCGUCACGUGAUAUAUGCGCUAUCACGCAAGUCGCCUGAGGUUGCCCAUUUCUCACUUCGACUUUCAUCUCAAAGGCGAUUUCAACGCCAAGAAUCUCAAAACACUUUCGUCAUUUUACCUACAGAGUUGAAAGGCUCGAUUUCCACUACUGCGUUGGCUUAGAUUUCUAUAUAAAAUAGCGGACAGCAGAACUCCCAAGAGAAUCUAGGUUUGAAAAGGGUUCGCUCGAAACAAGCACAAUUCGCCUUCGCACUCUAACGAGACCAAAGUGAUUUGAAUCCCAUCCGCACGAUCUCUAUAGCCCUCCGUCUCGUCAUUCUUUCAUCAUUUGUUCUACAAAGGAGGAUUCUCAGCCUAUAAUUCGACAUGUCAGGUCUCGACGUUGAAGCUCUCCUCGAAUCAACUGCCGCUCCCGCCGCCCAGGACGAUCGCUCCAAGACCGAAAAUGGCGACCGACGCGAUGAGCGCGAUCGUUCGCGCGACAGAGAACGCAGACGACGCGAUCGCAGCCGUGACAGACGCCGCUCAAAAGACGCCGACGGAGAUGAUGACAUGAAGAGUCCGAAAAGCGAACACGGCAGUGCUAACGGAAGCCAUAGAAGCAGAAAGAGGAGUAGGAGCCGCGACAGUGACCGCCGCCGUGCUCGCCGGGACCGUCAUGGCGACGACUACCGCUCGAAUGGCGAUUUCUACCGUGGUGGCGGCCGCGCUCGCACCCGAUCGCGAUCUCCAUACGACGACAGAUAUUACCGCCCCUCGGGUCGCUCCCGCCGAGAUGAGCGCGAUGAAGAUAGACGUACUCGCCGCGACCGUGACACACGCAAGCGAAGUCGCUCGAGAAGUCAAGACAAAACCCCUGAACUCAACGAAGAUGAACGCGAUAGGCGCACCAUUUUCGUGCAGCAACUCGCGGCGCGACUGAGGACGAAAGAGUUGAUUGCUUUCUUUGAGAAGAUCGGACCUGUCAAGGAAGCUCAAAUUGUCAAGGAUCGUGUUAGCGGAAGGUCUAAAGGUGUCGGUUAUGUCGAAUUUAAAGACGAAAGUUCCGUUGCGCCCGCUAUCCAGCUUACAGGACAGAAACUUUUAGGAAUUCCCAUCAUCGCUCAGCUGACUGAAGCCGAGAAAAACCGCCAGGCGCGCAGCUCCGAGGCCAGCAGUGGCAACAAACACGCUGCUCCCUUUCACAGGUUGUAUGUGGGUAACAUCCAUUUCAGUAUCGAUGAGAGUGACCUCCAGAGUGUCUUUGAGCCAUUUGGCGAACUCGAAUUUGUUCAGCUUCAAAAGGACGAGACCGGUAGGAGCAGGGGCUACGGUUUUGUGCAGUUUCGUGAUCCCAACCAGGCCAGGGAAGCUCUGGAAAAAAUGAAUGGCUAUGAUCUCGGUGGUCGAGCCAUCCGCGUUGGCCUUGGCAACGAUAAGUUCACCCCUGAGAACACCCAACGCACGCAGAGCCAAGGUGCAAACCAAAGUAACUUCCAGGGCUCUAUGUUCUCAGGCUCCGGUGGGCGUGGUGUUCAGGCUGGAGGCACCAGCAAUUUCGAUCGUGCGGGAGGCCGUGAAUCUGAAAAGGGAACCGGUGCUAGCGCGUUGGAUGACACAGACGUUGCCGGUGUGAACUUCAACAAUUUCAGUAGAGACGCAUUGAUGAGGAAGCUUGCCAGAACAGAUGAACCUGCUGAGCCUUCUGCGGACGUUCCGCAGCAGAAGAUAAUCCUGCCGAAGACUGAAGCAAAGCCGCUACCUGUAAACGUCAACAUGGCGAGCCGAUGCGUUAUGCUUCGCAACAUGUUUGACCCGACUGAGGAAGAGGGCGAAGCUUGGAUCAAGGAAUUGGAGGAUGACGUCCGCGCUGAGUGCGAAGAAAAAUAUGGCCAUGUUGUUCACAUUGCACUAGAUCCCAACUCCCAGGGCGACAUUUACCUGAAGUUUGACCGCGUCCAAGGCGGAGAGAACGCCAUCAAGGGCCUCAACGGACGAUUCUUUGGCGGCAAGCAGAUCACAGCGCAGCCUGUCGUUGACGCUGUUUACAGCAGUCUGUUCUCUCGAACGAAGGCCAUUUGAUCACACCUCGCUACCCUCGUCAUGCCCUCUCAGUCGAGCGACCUAGCACGAGAGUAGGCGGAGAAUGGUAGGUAUCUCGUCUAAUUAUCUUGUCUACCAGGUGCGACUUGUGGACGACAGGACCUCUGAGGUUCAACAUUGUCACUUCCCCUGGUAGGUGCUUGUUUCUCAAAGUCUCGCCCAAUCCGGUUUAUCUGAAGGCCGAAGGGCUUGAUGCGCAAUGAUUUGUUUAUAGGGCUCUGCAUUUUGUUCUAGCGCAAACCGAAGUUGCCAUUUAUCUCAAGCAUUGUUUCUUUCUAGGAGUUGCAGUAUAAGUACAUUUGUAGGUUUCGAUCAAAAGCACCAU